UUUCUCUACCUCUCGGUCCGCCUUUCACACAUACGCCAGAGCGCAGACUGCAGCAGAACGCAAGGCCGGCAGGAUUUUCCUCCUCAUAACAGCUGAGAAAGCACAGAGACAGUCACCCGCUGAGGAGGAGGAGGGAGACGUUGUUCGUGGAGGAUCCGCCGAGGAGUACCUGACUCACGAGCCGCCGAUCACAUAGGUCUGCGCCCCGGGCCCCCUCAGGAGCGGGUGUGCGGACUCCUCCUGCGGGACCGUCCCAGACUGCCUCCUCAUCUGCGGGUAGGAUGCUCGGCUCUGCGCCCUUGUGCUGAGGAGGCGUCUGCGGGCCACAGUAUGGGCGCUGUGCUGGCCGGCAUCCUCACCACCACCCCGUCCGCCACUUCUCUGCACCCGCCACCACCACCACGCUGCCCCACCGAGACGGGCGCUUCCCCGGCCCCGCUGAUGGGCGAAGACACUGACGCCGCCCCGACGCUCGACCACCGCGGCUUCCUCCCCGACCACAACUAUGUGACUGAAGCCGAUAUCAUCUCCACCGUCGAGUUCAACCACACCGGAGAGCUCCUGGCCACGGGGGACAAGGGGGGCCGAGUGGUCAUCUUUCAGAGGGAACCCGAGAGCAAAGGGGAGCCGUUCUCACAGGGCGAGUACAAUGUCUACAGCACCUUCCAGAGCCACGAGCCCGAGUUCGACUACCUUAAGAGUCUGGAGAUCGAGGAGAAGAUCAACAAGAUCCGCUGGCUGCCUCAGCAGAACGCCGCGCACUUCCUCCUCUCCACCAACGAUAAAACCAUUAAGUUGUGGAAGGUGGGGGAGAGAGACAAGCGUCCCGAGGGCUACAACCUGAAGGAUGAGGGGGGCCGCAUCAAGGACAUGUCCACCGUCACCUCCCUACAGGUGCCGGUGUUGAUGCCGAUGGACCUGAUGGUGGAGGUGAGCCCACGGCGAGUGUUCGCCAACGCCCACACCUACCACGUCAACUCCAUCUCCGUCAACUCCGACUACGAGACCUACAUGUCGGCCGACGACCUGAGGAUCAACCUCUGGCAUCUGGACAUCACCGAUCGCAGCUUCAACAUCGUGGACAUCAAACCAGCCAACAUGGAGGAUCUGACGGAGGUGAUCACGGCGGCCGAGUUUCACCCCCAUCACUGUAACCUGUUUGUGUACAGCAGCAGCAAAGGGACCCUGCGCCUCUGUGACAUGAGGGAGGCGGCGCUGUGCGACAAACACUCCAAACUGUUCGAGGAGCCCGAGGACCCCAGCGCCCGCUCCUUCUUCUCUGAGAUCAUCUCCUCCGUGUCGGACGUCAAGUUCAGCCACAGCGGUCGCUACCUGCUCACCAGAGACUACCUGACUGCCAAGGUCUGGGACCUCAACAUGGAGAGCAAGCCCCUGGAGACGUACCAGGUUCACGAUUACCUCCGCAGCAAGUUGUGUUCACUUUAUGAAAACGACUGCAUCUUCGACAAGUUUGAGUGUGCGUGGAACGGCUCCGACAGCGUAAUCAUGACCGGGGCCUACAACAACUUCUUCCGCAUGUUCGACCGCAACACCAAGCGGGACGUGACCCUGGAGGCCUCGCGGGAGAGCAGCAAACCCCGAGCGGUCCUGAAGCCGCGGCGGGUCUGCGCCGCCGGGGGGAAGCGCCGCAAGGACGACAUCAGCGUGGACAGCCUGGACUUCACCAAGAAGAUCCUCCACACGGCCUGGCACCCCACCGAGAACAUCAUCGCCAUCGCCGCCACCAACAACCUGUACAUCUUCCAGGACAAACUCAACUCUGAGAUGCAUUGACGAAGGGGUCGGGUGGGGUCGGGGGGGGGGUCACAGCGGUGGAUUGCCAACGAGUUUACGCCCGAACACACAGCUGCGCCAGAAUGUACACUGUUUUAGAGACGUCCACACGGGAAUGUGCCUAACGGCCACUUGGUCACAAAACACACACACAGACACACGCACACAUCUAGUUCUACUCUACGACACACUUCCUCUCCCCAGCCUCCCAGAACUGAAAGGACCUAAAAAAUGGGCUAAAAAAGGGAAACAUGCUGAUACAGAAUGCAAAAAAAAAAAAAAAAAGCUGUGGGUUCUCGACUGGUGAACCUCUGGAUUGGUGUGUUUAUUUCAGCAGCUCAUCUUCUGAAGGGGGAGAAACCCCCCCACCCCCCCUCCCCCUCGGAUUAGAGAGACGUUUACAUGUGUGUCUUUAUUUCAUUUUCUCCUCCUUCCUCUCCCUCCUUGCUGGAGCGAAGCCGUUUCUCGUCCCCCCUGCUCACUGUUUUGUGUAAAGGAAAUUCUCAAACAGUGGCUCCGUUUGGGACAAAAUUGGGGCUUUUACUUUUGUUUCAUGCAAAUCAGCUGCUCCCGUUCUGUUUUUUGUAACCUCGCGUCGAAUGAUGUUUUACGGCGGUAAUUUUGAUGGCAAUGUGUGAUCUGCAAGGAUGUAUUCAGGACCCCCCCCCACCCCCCCCCUCCACGACCCAACUGCACCCAGACGCCUGUGAGCUGAGCCGGACCGGCGUUCGAGUGAGGUAAAACAUCUGCCGUCCUGCAGCUGGAGGCAAACGUCAGGCUGAUACGAGCACGCACACUCGUAUCGGCUCCACGCGGUGCGUUUCAGCCGUUAACGUCGUCUCCGGCCUUUCGCAGCUUACUCUGAUUGUGGAUUGUGCUUCUGGUCCGGGGCCACGUCGUCUGCUACUUUGCAGUUAAACGCAACUCAAAUUAAGCAAAAAAAAAAGAACGAAAAAAAAAGCUGUUUUAAAAAUGAACUAAAUAAUUUCAACAAUCAAGCAAAGAGAUGCUGCAUGUGAAACCAAUUUAGCCAUAGGUGUUUUUAAAAUUGACUGACUGACUUGGCUGCCUUCUUAACCAUUUAGACCAAGCUGUACAAAGGCUUCAGGGGCCCCGGGGCCCCACGCAGGAUGAGUAACCAUAGAUGACUGAGCUCUCCUACCUUUAUUUGAGUCUUCGGACAGUGAAGCAUGUUUACCAGUGUUUGGUUCAUACACUCACAUGUGCAUUUUGAAUGAAGCCGUCCAAGAAUCAGUUUGUACUCAACUGAAACUGGGAACCAAGAAGAAUGGGGAAUGUUUCCAUUAAUGUUGUUUUCUAAAAAGAAAAAAAUAGAAAAAUACAAGGGCCUGUAUGGUGUCUGUAUAUACCAACUAUGUUUUUCACAUGUAUGAUUUUCUUUUACAUCCUCCAAACGGACUGAGAUCAUCUGUAUCGUCAAAUACAGAGAGAUGGUACUUAAACUCAGCCUUCCUCACAGAUUAUUUUGCUGAUGUGCAGACGCUUUCAUUCUAGGGAACAUUUUUUUUGUUGUUUUCGAUAUCAGUCCACCGCGUCCUGACCAAACUAAUGUUGAUUCACACAUUUUUAUGUUAAUGUAUGUUGAUGACAAAAUUGUCAAAUGGACAGUUAUAAAUAAUGUUAAUAUGUUUUUUCCUGAAUAAAGAUUUCAAAGAAAUUGCAUCCAA